AUGGCCUUGUUCCUUGAUCUUUUGGACACUAUAAAGGAGAAAGGCCCUCUCCUGGCAGCUGCUGGAGUCAGUGCCCAUGUUUUCUACUGGUCACGCGGGGAACGCGGCGCCAAGGAGGGCCGUGCUUGGGUUUAUGCCAAUCUGCUCGUGAAUAUUCUAGCCCUACUCACCACAGUUAACAACAAUGGAAGUUGGACAAGCAUCUAUGCAUGGCUUCUCCGCAUCGGUAAUGUGUCCAUACUAAACAUCUGCUUCUAUGUCUCCCUCUUCACCUCGAUGCUAAUCUACCGCGCGUUCUUCCAUCGUCUACAUCAUUUUCCGGGACCAUUCUCUCUCAAGCUCUCCAAGUUCGUAACCGGAUACGAGAACCUCGAGAAAAACCGAAACUUCGAACGGGUAUGGAACCUACAUAGACAGUACGGGGAUAUUGUCCGAACAGGGCCCCAGGAACUUAGCAUCCUGUCGGCUGAAGCCAUCGAUGUCAUCUAUGGACCUUCAAGCAAAUGUACCCGUGGCCCGUGGUAUGAUCGUCUAAAGGGUUCGGGUGACUUCACGCAUGACUAUGCCGUGUUUCAUAUGCGUGAUCCGGCCGUGCACUCGCAGCGGAGGAAGGCUCUUUGGGAUAAGGUGUUUAGUGGAAGAGCACUGAAAUCUUACCAACCAAUGGUCAUCCGCACGACGGAAAAGUUCCUCGACGCUUUGGCGCACCGUGUCAACAAACCGCUUUCUGUCCCCAGUACCAUGUCACUUCUCAGCUACGAUAUCAUGGGAGUCGUAGGCUGGGGCUAUUCCUUCAAUAAUAUCGAGACGUGGGAGUUGAACCCUAGUCUGAGCUUCGUCAAGAACAUGAGAAAUGGCCAACAUGUCAUGGUACAUACGCCGUGGCUUAUCAGCUUGUUGAUGAGCCUGCCCGGUGCUGGUAGUGCUAUUCGGGAGUAUGGAAAUUGGAUCCAAGAUCGAAUCCAGGAGAAGCGGAAGCAAGAAGAAGUAAAUGAAGUGCCUGGGGAGGAUAUUAUGACGAGGAUGCUUCCGUCUAUGCGCGAUUUAUCCAAGAAGGCGUUGUAUAGUGAAGGAGAGCUGCUUGUUAUUGCUGGAGGAGACACCAGUUCCGUCACAAUGAGCGUCAUAAUCUACCACUUGGCCCUCGACCAAUCCAUCCAGCGCAAACUCCAAGCCGAACUCGACUCCGCAUCAUCGAAGCGCCAAACAGAAUCAACACCCCCCACCGAAUCCCCCGAAGACACCUACUACCGCUCCAUAUCCUCCCUUCCCUACCUGAAUGCCUGCGUCAGCGAAGCCCUCCGUAUCCAGCCCCCGGUGCACGGUGGAAUCCAGCGCAAAACACCACCAGAAGGCAUCCACAUUCCCAAUGAUAAGGGAACCUCCACCUUCAUCCCGGGAGAUACAAUAGUCAGUGUGCCGAUUCUACCCGUCCAGAACGAUCCUCGGUACUAUCGAAACCCGGAGGAGUACGUUCCCGAGCGCUGGACGGACGAGAAACCGGAUUGGAUUAUGCAUAAAGCGGCAUAUUUCCCGUUUGUGGGCGGUACGUAUAGUUGUGUUGGGAAGGGGCUGGCUUAUAUUGAGUUAAGGGUUGUGGUGGCGAUGCUGUUUGGGAGAUUUGAUGUGCGGUUGGCGGAUGGGGAGGAUGGGAGGAGGUUUAGGGAGGAGACGAGGGAUACGUUUGUGGCGAAUUUGGGGGAGUUGAAGGUUGUGUUUAGUAAGAGGAGGUGA